AUGUUAAGAAAAAACAAAAUGUUAAUUUUUAAAUACUUUCUUAAUCUCAUUAAUGGAGCCUUCUUGGUUCUUGGACUUUUACUCAUGGGAUUUGGUGCAUGGCUCUUAUUAGAUAGAAAUAUUUUUUUCACAGCUUUGGAUGAAAAUAAUCACUUGAUAGUAGAUAUUUUUCAAAUUUUGAUUGGAACUGGAUCUGCUAUUGUUCUUCUUUGUCUCUUGGGUUAUUUGGGAAUUCACAGUGAAAUCAGAUGGCUCCUACUUCUGUACACAGCACUGUUAAUGUGGGCCUUUGGUGUUCAGGUUGUAUUUUCAAUAUUCAUCUUCAUAAGGAAAAAGGAGGUUUACCAAGUAUGGCAUGAUAAAAUUGACUUAAUCAUUACUGAGUAUGGAUCUAAAGACAUGCCUGAAGAUAUACCCAAAUGGAUUGUUCUGAAUGCUUUACAGAAAACAUUACAGUGUUGUGGCCAAUACAAUUACACAGAUUGGAUAAAGAAUACAAAUAAAGAAAAUUCAGAACAGGUGCCAUGUUCUUGCACAAAUUCUACAUUAAGGAAGUGGUUUUGUGAUGAGCCCCUGAAUGCAACUUACCUGGAGACCUGUGAAAAUAAAAUCAACACAUGGUAUAGUACUAAUGCUUUAACGUUAAUUGGAAUUAACUUUGGACUUUUAACUUCAGAGGUUUUGCAAAUCUUCUUAACUGUUUCUUUCUUCAGACACAUCAAUAAUAGAAUAUAUGCAGGGGUGUGA